AUUUUAUUGUGGCGGUACAUAGCCUUCAUUUUCGUGUCUUAGAUUCUUUGGUCUUUUUAAUUUUCGGUUGACUCAUUUAUGCCAGUAUAAUUUCUAUUGUAUUUUACAUGCAACAUCUCACUACUUGCUUUCCUUGCCAAUGACGGCUUUCAUCCUAAGUUUUGGACCACAUCAGAGGACGAUUUAACACAGUAUUAUGUUUAUUAUUGUUAGCAUGACAAAUAUCUUCUUCAAAAUCAACUCAAAAAUAGUUAGCUUUGUAUUCUUUGUCAUUUUAUGAGCUUGUGAAUCAUCACUGCGUCAUUUUACCCUGUAUCAACGGUCAAGCUAUGAAUUGUUCUAAAAGAGUUCGAUUCCAAGUCAUAUUACUUUCAAUCUCCACAUAAUAAUAAUACAUUCCAGGCCAUUAGAAUGAAUUCUAAGAGUGAUAUGCGUGUACCUAAACCUCCCAAACCCCCUGAAAAACCAUUAAUGCCAUACAUGCGCUAUAGUCGAAAGGUUUGGGAGCAAGUUAAAAACUCGAACCCACAUCUUAAGUUGUGGGAAGUCGGAAAAAUUAUUGGGCAAAUGUGGCGUGAGCUUCCUGAUGAUGAAAAACUACUGUAUGUCGAAGAGUACGAUGCUGAGAAAACCCAAUACACGGAAUUGCUACGGCAGUACCAUAGUUCACCAGCAUAUCAGGCGUGGUUGGUGGCAAAGGAAAGAGCUGAGAAAAGCAUGGAAGAACAAGACCAAGAGCGCAGGCAAUCAAUUUUAAGGUCGAGAGACCGUGGAAAUGAGCUUCCUCAAGGUGAUUUAAGGGAGUCAUAUAUACUAGAAGAUAACGAAGAAGAUACUGAAGACCAAUUUACUGCGAAGCAUGUAGCGGCCGCUCGUUUUCAGAGAAAUCAUCGUCUCAUGCAAGAAGUUUUGAGUGAUACGAGACUCCCUGAUCCUGGUCAACUAAUCACCCAAAGCCGUCUUAACACUUUGCGCUUGCAAGUAGAGCAACUGAAAAACCAUAAGCGCAAUUUAUGUCAAGAGAUUGAAGGGUGUGAAGCAAGACAUCAAGCCAAAGUACAGCGCAUUCGUGAAGAAUCUGAACGUUUUCGACUAGACUAUCAAAAAACAACAACAGCAAGGCCAGUCAUCACUGAGUCUCAGUUUGCCGAUAUGAUAAUUAAAGCGAAGUAUGAUAUGCAGCGUGAAGAGGAGGAGCGUAAGACUCGUUAUUUGGCGGAAUUAGAAAUCAGACGCAAGCGUCAACAGCAGCGGCAGCAGAGAGAAGCGGAGUUAUUGGAAUCUGAACGCAGACGUCAAUUACUACAUCAGCAACAGUUGCAGCAAGUUCAUAUAAGACCGAAUCAGGCAGUCCCACCACACAACGACCCGAAUAUUCACUUUGGUGACCGCUCAUUAGAAAGACUGAUGGCACAGGACAAAAAAGAAGAUACGAAUUCACAACCCCCACAAAAGUUGCCUUCUGCUUCAGCCAAUUUAUUGUGUCCUGCAAAUCAUCCGAAAGCAGCUUCAGAAAUUGGACAUGAAAUCAACCCAGGAAUGUAUGCUGGAAUGGGAAAUACAUUCACACAACCAGUUACUCAAAGUUCAUCGCAAAGGUUUCCUCAGUCCGGUCAUACACAACACCACUAUCCACCCCCACUACAUUAUGUACCCAACGCCGCGACACCGGCAAAUCCACCCGUUUUAAUUCAUCAGCGUAGUCCGGUCCCAAAUAUACAACAAGCAGCACAAAACAACACAGGUAAACCAAAUGCAGUAUCUUUAAGCCGUACCAAGAAAGUUCCUUCAUCUGCAUCUUCUACUUCAUCGGCCUCUUCUGCUUCAUCAACAUCCUCAAAAAAGAAAAAGGUUGAUUCAGACCUUGUUAAGGAUGCUGCUGUAACCACAACUAGUCAGGAUAUACGGGAACGACCUAUUUCUCGGUCUGGCGAAGGAGUAAUGGAUCAGACUAAACCUGGUGACUUUGGUAUGACUCCUGGACAGUCCAACGAAUUUCAGCAAGGAUCUACAGCCCAGUCAAGGCAACUUAUUACUUCUCAAUAUCAACCGGUCCCACCUCCUGCUAACCCCGUCGUUCCUGCACAAAUUUCGGGGGGCCCGGUGCAGACGCCCUACUGCUACGAAAUCGGCAAUGGGAAUCCAUCGAACCCCACUUUGUCUGCUGGAACUUAUUACCAUCAACCUGUCUCCGUUUCUAAUCCUGUCGGCUACUCCCAUCCUCGCCCUCAGUUUUCACAACACACUCCCUACAAUACCGUACAGUAUCAUUCAGUUCCGCCACAACAAUCUGCGGAGCAUCCACCUCCCCCACCAAUGUAUAUUCAGCACAUGCCACAACAGUCUCAUGUUCCUCAGCUUGUCCCACCGAUGGUAGGACCCACUCAACAUCCUUCAAGCCAUAUUCCACCCCAGCAACACAACUCAAAUAACUGGCAUCAUGGUGGUCCACCACCUUAUUCGCCACAUUAUGGUCAACCCCGCUACCCAGUUUUAGGUGGCUCAGUGGGAUACCCAAUACAGCCUCCGAGAAAUUUCGGUCCCAAUUCCAGCGGUUAUUCAAUGCCUCACUAUCUUGUUGGUCAACACGGCCCUCAAACCCACCCACAUCAAAAUAUUUCAUCAGUACCUGUUUCUAUCCAGGAAGGCCCUGCUGCUUCUCAGCCAAUUCCGGCACCACCGCCGUAUCAACAACAGCAGCAGCCGAAUUCUGUCGUCAGUUAUUGGCCUACACAACAACAGGUGCCUCCAGACUAUGUUCAGAGUCAACACCCAUCUCAUUACAUGCCCGGAUCCCAGACUGAGCCAGUCGUCCCAAAUCAACAAACUCUGUCAUCUGUUGAUAACGUCCAUCCGUGCUCUACUAUGUCGGUGUCCUCUGCAGAUGUUGGCAUGGGUCAAAUGGUGUCUAACCAGUCUCAAGGAGCCAAUAUUUAUUACCAAGGUUGUCCUGUACCAUCAUAUACCCAUGGUAGUAAUGUGGGGCCCAGUGGAUUUUAUUCUGUACCACCACAACAUUACACGCCUCAUCAACACAGUGGUCAUUCUUGGUCUGGUUAUUCUAAUUCUUGUCCUUCACAAGUCCCAGCCUAUCCACAGUCACAGCAACAUGCACACCACCAGUCGCCUCAAUGCAGUACGGGUGCUUCUUAUCCUAUUUCCCAAAUAUCAACAAAACCGGACCAAACUGCGGCAACCGUUCCUGGGGAUAAUUCAACUAGCGUUGGUGCCUCUGGAGGUUCUAAUAGUCAACCGUCAUCUACAAAUGACAAAUGACUGUUUUUAUGUCAAUUUUAAAGUCCUAUUAUCUGUCUUAAUAUUUUGUUUUUAGUAGUGUAAAUUAUAUUUCCUAAAUGGUCAAUAUUAUUUUUAAAACUCAGUGGUAUGAUAACGUUUUAACACUCCGGUAUCAGGUCAGCAUAAUAAAGAAAAUGAGUUCUCCUGAGUCAUCUCAAGUCACAACUAAAGUCUUAAAUCCUCAAGGAAAGUGAUUAACUUGUGUCUAGUUCUAAUUAAAUCUUAUCUCGCCACUGGACGUAAUUCCAUUUGACUGGUCCCUAUCACUGAUUGUGCCAGUCUAUAAGAAAGGACAAAAGUCCUCCUGUGACAAUCACAGAGGGAUCAGUUUGACUAAUAUAGUGUCUAAAAUAUUAGCUUCAAUAAUACUAGGUCGUCUAACCAAAGCUCGUGAAGAGCAGACUAGAGAAAACCAGUCUGGUUUUCGACCUGGACGUGGUUGCAUAGACCAGAUAUUCACCCUACGUCAGGUCCUAGAACAUAGACACAAAUUCAGAUGUCCCACAAUCGUAGUAUUUCUUGACUUUUAGGCGGCAUUUGACUCCGUUGAUCGUGAGGUUCUAUGGCAGUGUUUGUCAGUGAAAGGAGUACCAAAGAAGUACAUUAACCUCAUAAAGGCUCUCUACUCGAACACGACUGGUCGAGUUAGAGCCUAUGGCGAACUGUCAUCAGAACUGAUUACCACAAGUGGCGUUCGUCAGGGCUGUCCACUCUCCUCAUUCUUGUUUAACUUUGUCAUUGACAUACUUUUAGAGAUUGCUUCAGUAUUCAUUAUCGGUGGAAGCAUUCACUUUCAACCAGACAGUGACUUUAGAUCGUUUAGAUAGGACAGAUUUUCCACCAUGGGCGAGCUGCUGCAUAAGUUGAAAAGUAAGGUUACACAAAUUGGGGAUAAAAGGGGGUGAGUUAGCGAUAUGGUGAAUAAUAAUAAUAAUAAAGGUAAUAAUAAUAAUAAUGUAAAUUGUCUUGCUUUUAGUAUGAGUAGGGAUAUUAUCGUCAAUAGAGUUCAUCAUUUCAUUCAUUUGUGUGUGGGCUGUGAUACUGCCCGGGUGCCCAAACCGAAGCAGGUGGUUUUCUUAGGAGACCACACGAGCCUUUGACCUAAAGGUCUGAUCCACAAGGCAGUGGAGCAUCGUGAGGAGAUGCAGUCCCAUGGUAGUCGUUGACCAAUGAUAGGUUCUUCCGCCAUUCGUUCCAUCAGGAUACUGGAGCCCAUGUGCACCAUUGGUUUGGAAUCAGGGUUUUCCAACUUCCCUAAGUGGACCCUCCGUGUCCACCAAUCCGGUUAUAGCGCCGGACAUUCGCUUUUCGUCCUCUCACUUUCGUAAACAACACCCAGAUAUCAGGGUGGCCUUCGAUUCGUUGGACAGGACUGUUCUCUGGGAUUGUCUAUUGAAGAAGGGUGUGCCUGAGAAGUUCAUUAACAUCUUAAAGGCCCUGUAUACGAACACCUCAGGCAGAGUAAGGGCAUACAACCACCUUUCUCCCUUGUUCCAUUCGAGCAGUGGGGUUAGGCAGGGUUGCCCGAUCUCACCAUUCCUCUUCAACUUUGCCAUCGACGACAUCCUGGAAACAGCUCUGGUGGAUGUAAGUAAUGGCGGUGUGGAUAUGUUGCCUGGAGAACGACUUCUCGACCUUGAGUAUGCGGAUGAUAUUGUCUUACUGUGCGAUAAUGCCCAAGGCAUGCAAUCAGCACUUAAUCAGUUGGCAAUCAGUGUCCGCAGGUACGGUAUGUGCUUUGCACCCUCCAAGUGCAAAGUACUCCUACAAGACUGGCAGGAUUCUCAUCCUAGAUGGUGAGCAGAUCGAAGUAGUUGAGAAGUUCGUGUAUCUAGGUAGCUAUAUAAGUGCUGGUGGUGGCGUGAGUGAUGAGAUUGAUGCACGUAUAAUGAAAGCCAGAGCGGCUUAUGCCAAUCUGGGCCAUCUUUGGCGCCUUCGUGAUGUUAGUCUGGCUGUAAAAGGUCGGAUCUACAACGCGUCGGUGAGAGCAGUUUUGCUCUAUGCUUGUGAAACCUGGCCUCUCCGAGUUGAGGAUGUUAGACGUCUCUCUGUGUUCGAUCAUCGUUGUCUCCGAAGGAUUGCUGACAUUCAGUGGCAACACCAUGUUAGUAACGCAGAGGUUCGGCAUCGUGUGUUCGGGCGCAGAGACGAUAAUUCAAUUGGUGUCACCAUCUUGAAACACCGACUUCGGUGGCUUGGACAUGUUUUACGAAUGUCGUCCCAGAGACUUCCACGUCGUGCAUUAUUUGCCGACUCUGGGACUGGUUGGAAAAAGCGGAGAGGAGGUCAGUGUAUGACAUGGUGUAGUGGCAUGAAAGAAAGCUGCAAAGGGCUAGCUUCUGUUGGUCCUUCACGACUCCCUGGUUGGGGUCCGAGAGAUGGUGCAACACAGUGGCUAGAGACGUUAUCAGAUAUGGCUGAGAAUAGAAGUCAGUGGCGAUCCUCCUGCAACCUUCUUUUACUUUCUACAUAAGGAAUGGUUCUAACUUUCUUAACUGAAAGAGUCUUCUGAUUGUACAUUCCAGUCCGCCUUAUCUUUUCAUCCCUUCUCUUCCUACUUUCAUUAUUUUGUGUGGCGCAUAUGUACCUGGUGCCCUUUUGUACCAAUAUAUAUGUGUUU